AUGAGCAGGUUAGAAAAAAAGUUGGACAGCAUGAUUAGUAGUCUAGAAAGAAGAGAAGAAGAUUGGAAAGAGGAAAAACAGAUGUGGAAACAAGAAAGGCAACAGUGGACAGAAGAAAAGAAGGCGUUAGAAGAAAGAAUAAGCAAGUUGGAAUGGGAAACAGAAAAAGCUGAGAGAGAGAAAAGGAGACCGAACAUUGUUAUAAAAGGAGCAAAUACUGAAGGAGAGAAUCUGGAGAAGAAGGUUGAAGAAUAUAUUGAACAAAAGAUAAAAGUAAAAGUCAAGAUAGAGAAGGCUAAAGAGAUAAGUGUAAACGCUGGGCAAAAUGUGAGAAAGUUGGUGGUAGUGAGGCUACCAAGUAAAGAAAUGAAAGAAGAAAGACAUGGUUGGAACAGGACAAGUGCUAAUGUAGAAAGUGAGUUGUCAAAAAGUUAUGAGUGGAAGUGUAUGGCAGCGACUAGAGAGCAUAAAAAAGGUAGAGCGAGAGGAGGAGUAAUAUUAGGAAUAAGCAAAAAAUUGGAGAGUAGAAAUCAUGAAGUAUGGAGCGAUAAUAUAGUAAUGCAGGAGAUCAAACACGGAAAUCAGAAGUGGAUGAUCAUAGGAGUACAUAGUCAAAAUGUAGCAGAGACGAUGGAAAUUAUAAAGGAAAAAGUAAAAACGAAGGAAAGUGGAUGUGUACUUAUACAAGGAGAUUGGAAUGCAAGAACUGGGAGAGAAGGAGGUUGGAUUAAUAAAAGUGAUAGUGAGAGUGAUAGUGACGACAAGGACGUAAGGUUAAGAAAGUCGAAAGACGAAAAGAUCAAUGAGGAAGGUAGAAGACUAAUAAAAGAAAUAACAGAAGAAGGAUGGUGUAUAGUAAAUGGGAAAAAAGAAGAAGAAGGAGAAUUUACAUACGUUGGUAGCAGAGGAGAGUUGGUAAUAGAUUACGCAAAAGGAUGUCAAGAAGCGUUAGAUCAGAUUAAGGAAAUAAAGAUAGGACAAAGAACGGAAUCAGAUCAUAUGCCGCUAGAAGUAUACCUAGAAAAGAAAGUAGAGGUAGGAAUUGUAGAGAAAGAAGAGAGAACAAAGGCAAGGAGGGACUGGACUCAAAAAUUGAUUGAUCAGUUUGAAAAAAGGUGUAAAGACUGGGAGCGGAAGGGAAAAGAGGUUGAAGAAAGAUGGAGUGAAUUGAAAGAACAAAUAGAAAGUGCAGUACCUAAGGUGUAA